AGCUGAGGCAUUUGAAGAUUUUUGGACAUUUUUGUGAUAAGUUCAAGGUACUCGAUUCAUUACCUAGAUAUUAAAAUGCCUUUAGGAGUGAUAUUCGGUUUAAUUCAAGUGAUUUAGGUUAAUAACGAGGUAUUGCAAUAGUUCAGUUCGGUCAAACACUCUGGCCUGCUAGCAGAACAUAGUUUGCAUGGAAACAAGGAGGCAGUAAGGUUCGACAGACAGCUAGUGUGCUUCUCAUUGAAUGUUUCAAACAUGGACAAGGAAAAGAAUGAGUGGCUGGCACAGUAUUAUUCUCCAAGCAUGUGGAAUAAGCGAAUGGACCCAGGAGAAGUAGUAGAUUCCCACAUGAACAUCUGUACUAGCUAUAGUGAAAUUACUUGCAAAAAUUCUCACUGCGAACUGAGUGUCUGUUAUGGUGAAAAGAAAGCUAAGAUGGAUAUAUUUUAUCCUUUGCAAGAGACUGAUGAGACAGCUGUAUCUGUAAAAAAAAUUGGUGGUAGUUCUGCACCAGUAGUACUGUUUGUUCACGGUGGGUACUGGCAAGUAGGGAGCAGGAAGAUUUACAGCUUUGUUAGUAAAUCAUGGACUAAAGCUGGUUGUGUUGUGGCAGUGGUGGGUUAUAACCUUGCACCAGAAGCAAGCUUGAAUCAGAUGGUGAGUGAAAUAAAGUCAGCAGUGAAAUAUAUCAAUACCAGGUUUCCAAAGUCCAAACUGUUCCUGUGUGGCCAUUCAGCUGGGGCACAUUUGUGUGCUAUGAUGAUGGUGUCAGACUGGAGCAAAGAUCCUCCAGUUCGACAAGCCAUUCAUGGUAUAUUCUUGUUAUCAGGAGUUUAUGAUUUGGUACCUAUUGUAAAUACUUAUGUUAAUGAUGCAUUAAAACUGACAGAAGAAUCUGCUGCACAAAUCAGUCCUCAACACAUUCUGAUGAAGAUGUCACCAACAUUUGUGUGCCCUAUUUUGGUUGUGGUGGAAGAGCAUGGUUCCCCAGAGUUUCAUCGACAGGCUAAAGAAUUUGUUGAAAUCUUAAAAAGUCAUAAUGUUCAGUGUUCUUUGCUUGAGCUACCAGGAGUAGAUCAUUUUAGCAUGAUUGAAAACAUGGUGAAUAGUGAUGAUCUCCUCUGCCAGGAGAUUUUAAAAGUUGUUGGAAACAUCAACUCAGCAAGGAGUGAAACAGGAGUCAUAGCUAAAUUGUAGUGCUGUUGUUUAGAGGUUUUGCUCAGUAUUUAAACUUGAAUAUUACCUCGACAGAACAAAUUUACUAGUGAUUCCAAUAGCAUGAUCUCUCAAGGAAAAUUUACAUUUUUGCUAUUAUUUUUUUACACAAGUAACUUUUAAAUCAUAAUUUGGAAAAUAUUAUAAUCAGCAACUAGUGUCAAAUAUAAAAUUACUUCAAUUGAAAACUGGCUUUGUCCAGAACAUUUUUUAAGGUGUUCCUUCAAGUAAUUAUUACUAAAUGGAGAUACAUAUUUUUUUAUUACCCACAAAACAAAGAUGCAGUGUGUGUAAUUAUCAUUUAAAUUUUAAAUAAUUAAACAUUUCAAAACAAUUACAUCAGAAGCACGACACGAUUCCUACAUGAUCGAACAAAAGAACACUUGACCAACGACAACUCGUCGGUAAAAAAACAUCUCACAACACACCAUCGCAACAACAGCCAUAACAUUGAAGUCAAAGUAAUCACGCGUGAAAAUGACCCCGUCAAUCUGCGAUUGUACGAAGCGUAUUACAUCAGAAAGCACAAGCCGGGACUGAACUCCCGUGAGGAAUGCACUGAACUUAACGAUCUUCUAUUUUAAUGAUUUAUUUGAAUGAGCUAUUUUAUUAACUGUUUUUAACACAUAUUUUAGAACAUUUUAUCACGUCAUUAGUUUUCAUGCGUCCUACUGGCUAGUUUUACACUAUGCUAAUUUACAGUGGCACCUCCAACGUUUAAAACCAUAGCGCAAAUAUUUUAUUGUCAGCCCUGAUGAUGCUGUAGAACAGCGAAAGCUCGGAGUGAAUAAAGAAAGAACCACAGUAGCACUUAAAGGCUUCAUUUGAUCAAUAUCCCACAUUUGAAAUUUACUUUCUGAUGAACUGGUUUACAAGAGUGAUCAAUUAUUUGUUAACCCUUAACACGCUAACAUCAGUAUCCAUGUUCUCUGUACUGUUCUCUAUGCAUAUAAUGCUGCCUUAUUUGGUCACCAAAACAAAUGGAUGACAGCCAUGAUGGCUUUCAAAUCAGUUUUGAGUAAUUAAAGUUCUUUUGUAGCGCAAAAAGUUUCUUUGACACGACUGCUUGCUGCUUGAUUGAAAUCAGCCUCUUCAAAAAGAUUUGGAUGGACAUGCACUGAUCAGAAAUUGUCAUGUCUUGAAAAUUAUAGACCCUCUGAUGCAAUAAUUCACUUCUCAUCAUGUUCCUCUUGCAUACACCAAUGAUAUGGAAAGAACAUUCUUUUACAAUACUGUCACAUCAUCAAAUAAUUUUUUAGGGCUAUAGCUUGUUCCUCUAAAGUUGGUUGAGUUAAUUUAGAAAGAGAUACUUUGAUUUUGUUACAUGAGGGUGUAAAUUAUUCCACACAGCUUUGAUUAAGAGUUUGCUUAAAUUAAUUUCCUUGCAUGUGUUUCUGUUGGAUCCUUUUUGUUUGAGUGUUUUUAGAGUUGUUGUUGAUGCCCUAUCUGUGGUCACACGCACACACUUUUAUUUUCAUUUUCUUACAUAUUUACAAGAUAUUCCUUCGACUCACAGAUAGCAAAUGCUAACCAAGGCAGGUCUAAUUUUUUUUCUUUUCUUUAUGAACUUAAUUUAUUAAACUGGAAAUAAAACGGAAAUGAAGAAAUAUAACAUAACUGAAAAGACAAAAUAUACACCAAAAAAGAAAAAAAAGGGAAAAUGACAGAUGUUCAAUUGUAAAGGACAGGAAAUUCUAGAGUUUCUAAGUGUACAAAACACAUUGUAGAACUGGUUCAAUUUGGUUCAAUUUUGGUGUGUUUGAAUUUUAGCAUUAUCUCAUCAGGCUCCAUGUGAGAAUCUCCAGUUUCUAGGAUAUUGAGAUGAGCUCUUUGUUUCUUUUUUGAAGGAUGUCUUUGAUAAAUUUUUAUAUUCAUUAGGCAUAUCAUUCCAGACUUUGACACCAAUAUGUCAAAAAGGCCUUUCUUUCCGUUUUAAGCCUUGAGUACUUAUCACUAAAGAGAUGUGACAUUGAUGAGUGAUUAGUAUGUGUAUGGAUGUUUGAAGUUCUUGUAAAAAGUUUCCUGAUGUUAGAAGGUACACUGUCAAUAUGAACAUCAAGCAUUAAUUGACUUUGUACUGCACAUGUCAGGCCAUAAGGGAGGACAGGAUCAAUGAUUGUAAUGUUGCACCCUAACAAUGUAUGAAGAUAGUGCCAGCUUCUGAUUAGCUGAAAAUGAGUGCAUUUACCAUGCAACACAAGUGCAAAGUUGUAGCACAAGUACAAAUGACAAAUAAAGUGUACACUCUCAACAGUUUGUCUGUCCUCACUUUCUGUGAUACUUUUUUGGUGUAAAUAUUACUUAGUAAUCACAUGAUUUCUCAAGACAUGUAAUUUGGUGUAAAUAAGGACUUUGAAAAUGGUACUCAUGCUUAUUUACACUGAAUAGCACUUGUUAUUACCUACACUUAAAGAAUUUAGGUAGUUUUUGUUGUUUCUUUGUCUUCCAGAGGUAAAUUUCAGAGGUACUUAUGUUUUUCGCUGAGCCUGUAUUCUUUCAGGCUUUAGUCACCUGUCAUCCAGUGUUUGAUUGUGUUUAUAACCACUUACAAUGUUUAUUACCUGACUGUAUAAUAACAAUAAUAAAUGUAAUACCUUUAAUAUGCAUAUAUUCAUUUACUUAUGCUCAUAUGUGCAAAGAUAUUACUGUUGAUAGCUCUGCCUUAGAGAACUAGGAAGGGGUUUCAAAACAAGCCACCUUCCACCAGAGUUCUACUGGCUACUUGAUAAAAUGUUGCCUGCUACUCUGUUUAAAAUGAUUACUUUUAAUGCCUUUAACCUUUUAACUCCCUUAUGUGACCAGGACAGAAUUUCUCCUUACAAUAUCAAGCAGACAAGUGAUGUCUGAACAAAGAAAAAUAUUAAUUAGGGGAUUAUUAGUUGAUCCAAUGACAAAUUCUUGAAACUAACAUCACAAGAAAUAUAUGGCAGACAGUAAGGAGAAUUACUAAUGAGAUCUUGGGAGCUAAAGGGUUAAAGAACUUUUCACAGUCACCCACUUUUGCAUAGUCUGAUGCCAUCUUCAAAAUAUUUUGAAACCUCUGAAUAGGAGGGUAUUUAAAUUGUUACAGGUAAUCAUAACCAUUACAAUUUCCUCAAAUGUGAUUGGUGCAUUAGCUGCUUCAUUUUUCACUUAUUCUUCUGUAGAGUUGUAAUGAGACAGUUGGCUGUAAUUGAAAAUUGUAAUAAGACAGCCAAAGCAGCCAAUCACACCAAGUCCACUCAGGUAAAUCCUCCAAUCACAGAUUUGAUUACAAUAACCAUAGCAACAGCCACUUAAUUACCCUACAAACCUGGAGAAUUUCCAAAAUGGAACAAUUUUUCUCUUUAGAAAAUGUCUCUACCAGAGAUAUCUUCUCAAAUAAAUGUUACUGUUUUUUUUGUUUUUAAU